AUUGGUUGAAAUCUGUGAGAGACGUUUUCAUGGAUAAUUUUGAGACUCAACACCGUAAACAAGAUGGUGAAAAUCGGUUUGCAAUUCAAGGCCAAUUUGGAGAAUCUUACAAACUUGAAGCCAGAAGGUGAAGAUUUCCGCUGGUACAUUAAAUUGAAGUGUGUCAAUUGUGGGGAGGAGACAAGUGAGUUCCAGUACCUCACUUUGACCGAGAGUGCUCCAUUGAAAGGUGGUCGCGGCCAUGCUAGUCUUGUGCUCAAAUGUAAACUUUGUUCAAGGGAGAACUCCAUAGAUAUCUUGCCAGACACCAUCUCUUCAUAUAAUGCUGAGGACUCCAACCAGUUCAAGACUGUUGUCGUGUUUGACUGCCGAGGGGUAGAACCAGUGGACUUCUCCCCAAGGGUUGGCUUCACAGCUGAGGGGGAGGAGACUGGCACACCGUUCCCUGAGGUGUCAUUGACCGAGGGGGAGUGGGUAGAUUAUGAUGAGAAGAAAGGAGAAUCAGUUGGCAUCUAUGAAAUAGAACACAAAUUUGUAUGUGUCAAAUAAAUAUGUGAUAGUAUGUUGGGAAUUUAUCCAUGACAGAUCUUCCAUUGGAAUUUCCUGUGACUUUUUCCAAUAUUUCUGUUCUGGGAUUGUUUAUGAAUUAAUAAAAUGUGUGCAAUAAAUGUUGACAUCCAAAUAAAGUUAGACAUUU